UGCUCGCCACCAGGGAGGCGGAGGGCUCCCGUUGCCAGCCGCGGGCGGGAGGUAGAGGCGGCGCCGGCAUGGCCCACGAGCUGGACGAGGAGAGCCUGCAGGAGCUCUACAGCUGGGUCGACGCCAUCCCGCUCUCCCGCCCCAAGAGGAACAUCGCCCGGGACUUCAGCGACGGAGUCCUGGCGGCUGAAGUGGUGAAAUUCUACUUCCCCAAAAUGGUGGAAAUGCACAAUUACGUUCCAGCUAAUUCUACCCAACAGAAGCUGUCCAACUGGGGACAUCUGAACAGGAAAGUACUGAACAAGCUGAACUUCUCCGUCCCGGAAGACGUGAUCCGGAAGAUUGUUCAGUGUUCGCCUGGAGUGGUAGAGCUGGUUCUGAUUCCGUUGCGGCAGAAGAUCGAGGAGAAGCAGAAGCAAGCCAAGGUGUUGUCCACCUCUUACCAGGAGCUGGGGAUGCGCUCAGCACUGGAGGACAGCAACUAUCUGGACACAGGCUCUUCUCCAAAGGCUAAAACGGACUCCACUGGGCCCUACAACCAGGACUCUCCCGGAUCUGAAAAGGUGACCAAAGGUGAGUCUGCUUUGCGCCUCCAGUUGGCCGAACGCGAGCAAGCCCUGCUGGCGUGCCAGGAGGCAGUUCAGAUCCUGCAACUGAAAGUGCGCAGGCUGGAGAACCUCGUGCACCUGAAGAACGUUCGGAUCGAUAAACUCACUCGGCAAGUGCAGCAAACCGAAAAGAAACAGAAAUGAACGGACCAGCUCAGGAUCCACUGAGCUGGACGCCAGGCGGUUGCCCCUGUGGAUGCCCCUGUGCCCACUUGCAGCCACCGGCACCAAUGAUCUCAGCAUCGAUAGAAGCUCCAGAGAUCUCAAGAGCAGCACUUGGCACAAUGGACUGACACACCUGGUGCCUACCCUAUAUAAGCCUCUCCCUGGACUCCAUGGAAUUCAUUCUCAGCUAGAUCUGCUGAUAUACCUCCGUGUGGACCUCAGUAUCGGCUGUGUGGGUUUUCGAGCUUGCCACAUGGACAGUCGCAACACCCUUUGCCCAGGAAUUCCUGUUUAAAUCUCAGGACGUUCUAUAAGCAAUUUAUUCUCAGUGCCUCUCGAUGUCCUGUCGUUGCAAGGAAUAAUCGUAAGCCAUAAGCUUGUACUCCCCGCCCCGAGCUUCCAAAAGAAAUACCCCUCCCAACCACCCCCAAAGACAUCUAGACCUGAAUGGCAUGUCUGUUUUCCACAGUGAAACUGACAUCCGUAGAUGUUACAGGGUGUUGCAAAUUGUGAGAAAUUGAAAUUACGGAGCAAGCCAAACCUCCCCCCCACCCUCCAUGACUUGCCAGACCCCAGGCUGGUCACCGGCAGCUGCCUGGCCACCACAAUCUGGCUAUUGCCUUAAAGAAACAUGGCUGUCCUAUUGCCAUAAAGAAGCAUGGCCACCACCUCAAAUAUGAAGUUGCAGGCACAGAGAGGAAGAGGCAUUAGGCCUCUGAUACAUACCGAUGUUCAUACCUUUGCAAAACAUGCUGGCAUAUCAUCUAUAUCCUGUUGGCGCAUGGACAAGACUUGUCAUGUGCCAUCGGUGCUGGGCACGUGGGUAGAGCGCUCUUACUAAUUUUGACAUGCAAAAAAGGGCUGCCUGAAUGACCGGGCCUUCCCACUCGAGUUGUCACACACGAUGAUUAGUUGUUGGUAAUCAGUCAUUUUGCAACUCUAGCAAUACUCAUGCUGCAUAAUGUGGGGUUGUUGGGGGGCACUGCUUAGUCUCCUCUUUAUAGAAAGGCUGUGCUUAGGACUUGCUGAUAGUAAAAGAUUGUAUUCUUCUUUCCUCUUCUUGCUUAUCUGAAGUACUCAAUAAAAGGCAAGGGCCUUAUCUGGCCCUCUAGCUAAGGUAUCCUCCAGCCUUUUGGACCCUGUGGGCACCUUUGGAAUUCUGACAUUGGGUGGUGUGCGCACAGCCACAAAAUGGCUGCUGCAGGAGGUGGAACCAGUGACAAAAUAGCUGCCA